CACUCCGCCACACGCUCACUCUCUCUAAAGGACACAGCACAAGCAGAGGCAGACCCAGAGCUGCCAGACGAGAGGACACAAACUCUACAAAGACUUGGGAUUUCACAACAUUUCUUUUGACUUAUUCAUUUCCAAAAGCGGAAAAAGGGGUUUCCUGACAAGCUACACGGGAAUGCGGAGGAAAACUGAUCAUGGGUUGCUAAUACCGGACAAGCGCUGAUCAGAAAAGACUAUAGGACAACACUGCUGAACAGCUUUGGUGGGACAUUUCACAACUUGGGAUUGUUUUGUUUGCGUUCGCGGUGACAUUUGACCCACAGACAGCUGCUGAACACUACAAAACUGUUUUAUUUCCACAGAGGACGAAGGACUUUGAAGAACUUUGUGAAACCGCAAUCCAUUUGGGGAUUUUAAGGUCAACCAAAACAAGCGUGCAUUUGUGUUAAGCUGAACUGAGUUUCCACAUUGCUAGAACGGACAUUUUUGGACAUUGUCCUGCAAGCUUGAGUCACUUUUACCACUAAAACAGCCAGAACAAGUCAGUAGUGAGUCCGGACAGAAAGCUUUAGAUGUGUUGAUAACAGCAAACUGGUUGAACUAGUUUUAAGUCGCAGAAAGAGAGAGGGAGAGAGAGGGCAGGGCUUUUUAACCUAGUCCGAAGAAAGUUGAAGUUAUAGCAUUUUGUGUCUUUUUGUGUGAAAGUUGUUGAGGAGGAUCUUGAGAAGCGCUUGGUGACACUACACAGAAUAGGUGAGGUACUACUACUACAACUUGUAAAGGCAGAAAAACAAGGGGGGCAAGAAAGUGGUCUAAUUUAUUGUUUCCUGUGCAAAGGAGGCUGCAACCUUUUACCCUUUUUUUAAGCUUGAACUCUGCUCCACUGAAUGUUAAGUUUUCACGCAGUUCGAUAGCCAAUGAGCAGAGGUCAGGGCUACGAAACAUAGGCGUGAAUAGGCUCGGGAGCGGACAGAGCAUUAUACAAAAGCACUGGAGUGGACCUAGGUCAGAAUAACCACACGGCCAGAGGGGAGAGGUCACUCCAAAAGACUGCAAGACAACUAUUUUAUCUCUACGGAAAAAAUCUGCUCGGAAAAUAUGAGUUUGUAUCUCUGAAAAUCAAUAUAACAGUGGAACAUAUUUUUACCAAUUUGAGAAGAAGAGGUCAACCAAACAGGACUGCAAGACAAUUACUAUUUUAUACUUACGGACAAAAAUCAGCUUGGAGAACUAGUCUUUUUGGAUCAAUUGGUAUGAUUUUGUACUUUUGAUAGUUUCAGAAAAUCAAUACAGCAGAGGAACACAUUUUUUACCAAUUUGAGAAGAAGAGGUCAACCAAACAGGACUAACAAGACUACUUCCAUUUUAUUUUUACUGACAAAAAUCUGCUUCGAAAACCAGUCUUUCUGCAUCGAUUAGCAUGAUUUUGUGCUCGUGAUAGUUGCUAAAAAAAAUCAAUAUAGCAGAGGAACACAUUUUUACCAACUUGAAGAGAGGUCAGUCAAACAUAACGAGAGACUAACUAUAACUAUUUCAUUUUUACCAACAAAAAUCUGCUUGGACAACCUCUUUUUGCAUAUGAUUUUGUUCUUCUAAGAGUCUAAGAGCUAGAAGAAAAACACAAUUUCACCAGUUUCUAAUUUUUGAAACAGUUUGAAACCUGCCUACCAAGUCAUUUUUGGACAUAUAUGGAAAACAUUUUGACACUACCCUAAACGACUGCAUGCUUCUAAUACUUAAAAGUUAUUAGUAGUAGUAAUUAUAGGGUUGUGUGGAAAUUUGAGUAUGGCCAUGGUGAGCGGGGGAUGGGGUAACCCUAAUGGGGACACAAAUGGACUUGGGGAGAAGUACCUGAGGAGGGAGGAUGAGGAUGGUUCACCCCAAGCGGGCAGCAGCGACGUGGAUGUAGCCGAUGAAGAUAAAGCCUGCGUGGUGGACUGUGUUGUGUGCGGAGACAAGUCCAGCGGAAAGCACUAUGGGGUCUUCACGUGUGAGGGUUGCAAGAGCUUCUUCAAACGCAGCGUUAGGAGGAACCUCAACUACUCCUGCAGGUCAAACCGAGAAUGCCAAAUAGACCAACAUCAUCGCAAUCAGUGCCAAUACUGUCGACUGAAGAAGUGUUUCAGGGUGGGGAUGCGCAAAGAAGCCGUUCAGAGAGGCCGUGUCCCUCCCUCUCAUGCUGUGAUCAGCCCUGGCUCUCUGGGGGCCGGAGUUGGGGGUCCCGGCGUUGGACACGUGGGGCCCGACUACUUCAACGGUCAGCCAGUUUCCGAGCUUAUUUCCCAGCUCCUCCGCGCAGAGCCGUACCCCAGCGGACGGUUUAGCACCCCCUACGGACAGGCGCAGAUGCAGGGGUCCGGGGGAGCUUCUGUCAUGGGCAUAGACAGUAUCUGUGAACUGGCAGCGCGGCUUCUCUUCAGCACCAUCGAGUGGGCUCGAAAUAUACCGUACUUUCCUGAACUACCAGUGUCAGAGCAGGUGGCGCUGUUGAGGCUGAGCUGGAGUGAGUUGUUCAUCCUAAACGCUGCUCAGUCUGCCCUCCCUCUGCAUAUGGCGCCCCUGCUGGCCGCGGCAGGUUUCCACUCUUCUCCCAUGUCUGCGGAGCGCGUGGUCUCCUUCAUGGACCAGGUGAGGGUGUUCCAGGACCAGGUGGACAAACUCAACAGACUCCAGGUCGACACAGCGGAGUACAGCUGCCUCAAAGCCAUCGCUCUCUUCUCCCCUGACGCGUGUGGCCUGACCGACCCCGCCCACGUCGAGUCGCUGCAGGAGAAGGCCCAGGUGGCUCUGACGGAGUACGAGAGACUGCAGUACCCAAACCAGCCACAGCGCUUCGGCCGGCUCCUACUGCGUUUACCCGCUCUCCGCGCUGUCCCCGCUAACCUCAUCUCACAGCUCUUCUUUAUGAGGCUCGUGGGGAAAACGCCCAUCGAGACGCUCAUUCGGGACAUGCAGUUGUCUGGGAGCUCCAUCAGCUGGCCCUACGUCCCGGGACAGUGAAGCAAAGAGGGGUCCAGAGCAGAGAUCAGACCAAGAGGAUUUACAACAACAAACUAAAAGUAGAAAGAGUUAUACAGGUGUUUCAAAAGCAUAGAGCCAGUUCACACACAGCUAGUCAUUAAAGGGUAGGUCACAUUAUAUGCAAACUUAAAAAAUAAACACAUUAAAGGAGCACAAUGUAACUUUUCUGGUGUAGGACCUUACUUAAUUUUUUUUAUUAUUGUAGCUGAUGCCUGAGUUUUGCCUGGAUUUUUUCACAUGCAUUGAACAAAACUGUUUUACUCAGUACAGAUAUAUACAGAUAUAUUGUAUUAGCAGCUCUUGAGGACAAAAUACGUGCUGUCUGCCUCUAAUUACUAAGUAUUUUAUUGCCGGAUAAUGAGCAAGAGCACCAUUAGCAUACUAGUUGUUACAGUGAAAAACAGCGGCAAAACUCUGGCCUCUGACAGUCGUGAAAAGCGUUUGCAAACUCAUCUUCAAACUGUUUAAAAUGAACUAGUUUUUCACAUUUUUAAGACAGGUAAACAUCUAAAUAUAGUUUCUAGAUAUAUUAGCAGCACUUCUUAGUCCUCUGUCUGAUCUCUGGUGCUCUGGAUCAACACAAACACAGACUGUAAAAGGCUUCAUGCCAUCUCUACCUCCUCCGAACCCCCUCUUUCUCCCUCCUUCUCCCCCGUUCUCGCUCUUUCUCUGUCUCUUUCUUCACGUGGACCCGAGUUUCGUUGAAGCCAUAGCAGCCGUUUGUGAGGCCUCUGCUUUGUGGUAAAGCUUGUGGGACACAGACAACAGACUUUGUUACCAAAUGUAUUUCUGGAGACUGCAAAGUAUCAUUUUUGCAACAACAUAAUAAUAGGCAUAAUAAUAAUAAUAAUAAUGGCAUAGUGCAGGGGUCUCAAACUCAAAUUAGCUGGGGGCCGCAGGAGGCAGAGUCUGGGUGAGGCUGGGCUUAUCAGGUAUUCCAAAUCUUCUCAAACGUCAUGGCUGUUUUCAACAUACAUGAGGAAAUAGGCCAGUUCUUGUGGAUUUUAUGGAUGUACAUUGUUAUUUGUUGAAUCUUUUGCGACAGGAGUACACAGCGCGAGUGACACAUGGUAAAGCCACACUAAUAUUAAACUUUCAUAUUGUCCUGCGGGCCAAAAAAUAUCCUCUUGCGGUCCGCAAUUGGCCCCCGGGCCACGAGUUUGAGACCCCUGGUAUAGUGUGAUGUAGAAACCCCCAUGACAAGACUGGACCACCAUAAAAUAUUGGCUUACAUCAUUACUGUUUUAAGACGCCUAACUCAAUAUUUAGAUUUUUUGGCUGGUCUGAUGCUUAAAGGUACACUAGGGAGCUUUUCUGGUCAGUGCGCCGCCACCUGCUUGUCUGUAAAAUUCCAUAAUAUAGCAUUAAACUGAUCUCUCCUCAUGUAAAGAAGCGGGGGAUGCUAUUAGGCCUAGUUACAGGUCAGAUCUGUGAAGAGGGAACUCAGCACAAGCAGGAACAGUAAGAACAUAUCCAUAGACACAAGCAGGUAGCAGGUAGGUCAUCCUAUACUCAUUUUGCAUAUUCAUGAAUUGGACUGUUGCCAUAGCGAUGAACUAUUUAACUAGUUUCCGUUCAAGGUGCAAGAGUGACUCACAAACCCCAGAUGUAAACAGAUAUUUUUUAUUUUUCAUCAAAAUUCUGUCUGACUUUUGGUACUUUUGAAACCCUGGCCACUAAAACCACUGUACAAUAUCACAGUAAAAGCUUAGUCUUACAGCGCCCCCCAGUGGUAUGAGUUGGAAAAAAAAAAAAAACACUUUGCAAGUUGAAUGUACAGCUGCUCCUGGACAGUACCAUUCUGUCUGACUUUAUUACCUCAUAUUUUAUACACGUUGAUUGUACAGAGAAUACUCAUGUGCUUAAAAUAGUAUAAAGGGAUCAAAGUAUUUUCAAAAAUGUCUUCAUGCUUUUAAAUGUGAAUAACGGUUUUGAAGAAGCGGUACCCAAAGUUUCACCCGAAGUUAUUUUCAAAAAUUCCCUGCAGUUUUAUAAAGAACGCAUUUGGCAUUUUUGUAAUUUUGUGGAUGCCUUUCAUACCAGAUUGUGAAUGUUUAUAAAUGCUAAGGUUACGAGGUUGUGUGGUACAAUGUUAAAUUCAUAUACUUGAUUUUUAUAUGCCAAAAUUUGAACUUUUGUUUUGUUAAAGAUGCACUGUGUAACUUUUCUGGGUGGAAGGUCGCGCUGGCACCUGUUUGUGUCCAUGGAGAUGUUAUUGCUUUGCCUGAAAUGUUGCACAGUGUGAAAAAAUGCAAGAUUGACAUGUUUAAUGCCAAUUACAGCAUAACAAUGAAUAACCUGCAUUCUUGUUGUGAGUGGGCUCGCCUCUGCUCAGAUCUGACUUGUAUGGCGGUAGAAAAGAAUAAGGACAUAUUGUAGAACAUACUGUAGGAUAUUCAAGGCAAAGCAAUCUCCAUGGAUGCAAGAAAAGUUACAUAUUGCACCCUUAAAUUGUAAAAACAACACUGGCUAUGACCCCUUGCUGAUCGUGACAGCAUUUUCUCAGAGAAUUGUGUUAUUUGUCAAAUUAUAAACUUGAGUGACUUGUCUGUGUUUCUUUGUGUUUUAUGAAAAUGCCAAACUUCAAAAAUGCAACAUUUGUUUGUAUUUCUGGACAUUUUUGAAAUUUGAAAAAUAAAAAUAUGCAGAUUU